AUGGGAGCGGCUGCUUCUUCCCCAGGCGGCGCGGGUGCGUCCCAGGCCGGUCUGGGCUCUGGGGACAAUCAGACGCCGAGCGCGGCGGGUCGCGAUCUUUUUGCAUCCGCAGUCGUUGACGUGCCGUCGUCCGCGGGAGUGAAGCACGUGGUGAUUUUGGGCAACGACUUCGUCAACAACUUUGCAGUCUUCCCUUCGCAGACGUCCGUCUUCCCGCCUCACCAGGCAAAAAAAACGAACCCAAAUAAGACCAUGCAAGAGGAACUCAAGACAGACUCGCCAGGGCCGGUAGUCCCUCGCGACGAUCCCUCAGCUGAUCUCGUCCAGCGCCACAAGAUGGCGGGCACCGAGCGUCUGGGCCUUGAACAGUCUGCGUCGCCGGGAGAGACCCCGUUUUUGGGCGAGAAAGGAGACAGUCUUUCGCUGGGCGGUGGACAGCCCACACAGGCACAGGGUCCCGACGCUGCCGCGAUGGCGACUCAACAGAAAAAAGAGCUUCUGUCGGACAUGCGGAAUCAUUUGAAGGCGGCGCUGGUGGAGCAAAUGACGGUCUUGCGGCAGGGCUUGGCCGCGUGUCCCCUGACGCAAGCUGCGGCGUCUGCCGCCUCUGCAACGGCCGACGCGUCGCUGCGACAGGUCGCGAGUGUGCUUCCAGAAGAACGCGAGACAGUGUCUCCUGGAUCUUGGUCGGAGGACAUAAAGAGCGUUUCCUUUCCAAGACCGACCUGCCACGACGAGCAGCUUGCCGUUUUGCAGUGCUACAGCCGUCAGAGAAAAGGCGAAAAAGAGGGAAGAGCCGACUACCUCUCUUGCCACAGUGUCGUGGCUGACCUGCGCGCAUGCAGCGAACGCGCCACACAACUUGCGCCCCUCACAAGGCAGAGCGCCGUCAACUAG